AUGGACAACGAUAUGAUGGAACCAGAUGGAAAUUUCUUUCAUGUGCCUGGCGUGUGCCUAUUUGACAUUUUCGGUGUCUUCACCGAUAUCAAAAAAGUUAUAGCUUACGAGCUUACGUAA